UGUGUUGUAAGCCGCUUCUUCACUUCGCUGAACCCAAAGUUGAAAUCCCAGAUAGUGAAGUGUGUUAAAGUUCUUAAAUUUCCCAUAAAUUUCGACCCCCUUUUACUUUCAAAAUUCACUACUAGUUCUUCCCCUUUUGAUUUCUAUAGUUUCAAUCCAUUUAUUCUUCUCAAUCUCUCUGUUUUUUUGUUUUUUUUUUGUUUUUGUUUUUGUUUUUGGGUUCCAAAAGAAGAUGGAGAACCUUAACUUAGCCCUUGUUUCCUCCCCGAAACCUUUGCUGUUGGGACAUUUUUCUGCAAGAGAUGCCACUGCUAGAGAUGUCUUCAGAAGAAAACCCUUCUCUUUUGGGAGGGUCUUAGUUGCUCCUUCCCAUUCCAGAUACCGUGUUUCUGCUCUCUCCCCCUCUCAUGUUAAUGGGGCUGAAGCUAAAUCCCAACAAAACCCAAAAUCUGUGCAGGAGAAGCUGAUAAUGAAGCAUUUUGCUAGCAUUUCUUCUUCAAGUAGUCAAGAAACAACAUCAAUUGGAGUUAACCCACAAUUGUCACCACCUCCGUCUUCGAGCAUAGGGUCACCUCUCUUCUGGAUUGGUGUUGGUGUUGGGCUUUCUGCACUAUUUUCACUGAAAUAUGCAAUGCAACAAGCUUUCAAGACCUUGAUGGGCCAGAUGAAUUCACAAAGUAACCCAUUUGACAGUGCUGCCUUUUCUCCUGGAUCUCCUUUUCCCUUUUCGAUGCCGUCAGCAUCAGGGCCUGCUGCACCUACUAGUUCUGCAGGUACUCAAUCUCGAGCACCUUCCACAGCAAGUGUAUCUCAAUCUGCUGUCACAGUAGAUGUAUCUGCAACAAAAGUAGAAGCAACCCCAGCUACCAAUGUUGAAGAUGAAGUGGAAGUAAAGAACGAACCAAAAAAAAUUGCUUUUGUAGAUGUUUCUCCAGAAGAAACUGUGCAGAAGAGUCCUUUUGAAAAUUUUAAAGAUGUUGAUGAAUAUAGUUCAUUCAAGGAAGCCCGGGUUCCAGAGGAAGCAUCUCAAAACGGAGCUCCCUCUAACCAAGGUUUUGGUGAUUCACUGGGUUCUCAAUCUACAGGAAAAUCAGGCUUAUCAGUGGAAGCUUUGGAGAAAAUGAUGGAAGACCCAACAGUGCAGAAGAUGGUUUAUCCCUAUUUACCUGAGGAGAUGAGGAACCCUACUACCUUCAAAUGGAUGCUGCAGAAUCCGCAGUACCGUCAACAACUUGAAGAUAUGCUAAACAACAUGAGUGGAAGCAAUGAAUGGGACAGCCGAAUGAUGGACACAUUAAAAAAUUUUGACCUUAACAGUCCUGAAGUUAAGCAACAAUUUGAUCAAAUUGGGCUUUCUCCAGAAGAAGUCAUUUCAAAGAUUAUGGCCAAUCCUGAAGUUGCGAUGGCAUUUCAAAAUCCUAAAGUUCAAGCAGCUAUCAUGGAUUGUUCACAGAAUCCGCUGAAUAUUGCUAAAUAUCAAAAUGAUAAGGAGGUUAUGGAUGUCUUCAAUAAAAUAUCAGAACUCUUCCCUGGAGUGUCAGGUUCACCUUGAGUCGUUUGUGCAUUGCUGUUUACUGGGUCAAGUUAUUCAUUCAUAUGCCUUUCCUAAUCAGCAAAAAUACAAGGAACUGUGCAAAACAACUCUGCUCAUGGUUGUAUGCUGCAUGCUCACGGUUACAGCUCCAUUGUGACAUAAUGACAAUAACUGUGGCUGGCCAGGGUUCAAUUGUUGCCAUAGUUGGAAUUUUCGUUUUGCUAGAAUAGUUGAGAUUGUAUAUUGGAUGUUUUAAAUAUGCUUUGAGGCUUUGCAUCUGCAGUGUGGUUUUCUUCUCAACAUGUGAUGAGUUAUUAGACGUAGCUAAUUUGGAUUUUCAGUCUUCAGGUGCUUGAAAAUAAAUGUGAUGCUUCACAUAAUCUAUCAUAAGCAUAAGCUGCAUG